CUGUUUGUAUGACCGCAAGGUUUUCUGGGUAACAGCAAUAAACAACGAGAGUCCGCCAUUACUGUUUAUUCGUUUUGAUCCUAAGGUUUUUCUCAAAUACAUUACAUUUUUUGGCGACGAGGAUUUCGGAAAUGGCAACCUACGGCAAAAUAGACGAAUUCGACAGAGAUUCUGAUUCAUGGGAACAGUAUAUCGAGCGUCUAAACUUCUAUUUUGAAGCAAAUGGAGUAACUACGUCUGACGAUGACUUGAAAAUACGCCGUGCAAUCCUCCUCAGUUCGGUAGGGAAACAAACCUACAAAUUAAUGUCUGAUCUGCUGGCCCCAGCGAAACCUGGAGAGAAAUCUUAUGCUGACUUGUGCACCUUGGUAAAGAGCCAUUUCAACCCAAAACCGAGUGAAAGCGUGCAACGGCACAAGUUCAAUAACCGUUUCAGAUUGAGCGGGGAGAACGUGUCUGACUUUGUAGCGGCUCUACGAAACAUGGCAGAAUACUGCAAUUUUGGUGGCAGUCUGGAAAAUAUGCUGCGUGAUCGUCUGGUGUCUGGAAUUAACAAUGAAAGAAUCCAAAGGCGUUUGCUAUCAGAAGAGAACUUAACUUUCAAAAAAGCUUACGACAUUGCUUCGUCUAUGGAAACGACCGCACAGCACAUGGCCGAUCUUCAAUCUGCUCCUUCUACGUUAAGUUCAACGUCUGCAUCUGUAAAAAAGGUCAGUUCUUCGCCCUCACCGCGUUCUAAAAGCGAAAAUAAAGAGUGUUAUCGUUGUGGAAAAAAUCACCACCCGUCAAAAUGUCGUUUCAAGGAGGCCACGUGCCAUUAUUGUAAAAAGAAAGGACAUAUUGUUGCCAAAUGUCUCAAAAAAGCAAAAAAGUCGUCCGAGACAACCAAGCCAAAUUCAAACCACCAUCCAAAACAAGGGAAACCAGCAAUUCAUGUCCUGGAUACUGAUAAAGAAAUAGAAGAUGAAGAUAUAUAUCCAUUGUUUGCUGUCAGUCAAGGCAACCGCCAAAAUCCGUAUGUAGUAGAUGUUGAAUUAAAUGGUCUUAAAGUUCAAAUGGAACUGGACACUGGUGCAUCACUUUCAGUAAUCGGAGAGGACAUUUUUGAUCAAUUGAAGAACAUUGAGGGUUCAUCUCUCAAUCUGCAAGAUACCAAGCUAACCUUGAAAACAUACACCGGGGAGACAAUUCCAGUUUUAGGAAAGCUUGUAGUGGAAGUCAAGUACAAGGACUUCUUUGAACACUUGCCAGUUAUAGUUGUACAAGGCAAGGUGCCCAGUCUCUUUGGACGAGAUUGGUUACAACAUGUUAAGUUGUCAUGGCCAGAGAUUUUCCUAGUUCAAGUUGUAUCCCCUGAUGUGUCUGACCUGCUAAAGAAACAUGAAAAUUUAUUCAAGGAAGGACUAGGGACAAUUCAAGGAGUGAAAGCAAAGAUAUACGUUGAUCCUCAAGCCAAACCCAAGUACUUCAAACCUCGCCCGUUAGAAUAUGCACGACGUCAGAAGGUAGAGAGAGAAUUGGACCGUUUGUUAGAAGAAGGAACAAUUCGUCCAGUUCAAUUUUCGGAAUGGGCAACACCCAUUGUGCCCAUUGUCAAAUCUGAUGAGUCUAUACGCAUUUGUGGAGACUUCAAAGUUACUUUGAACCAAGUUAGCAAACUUGACAAUUACCCAAUUCCUAAAACAGAGGAUCUGCUAGCUCAACUUGGAGGUGGAGUGCAGUUUACAAAACUAGAUCUGAGUCAAGCUUAUCAACAACUUGAGUUAGAUGAAGAAUCAAAGAAGUACACCACUAUCACCACUCAUAAAGGCCUAUUUGAGUACAAUAGACUGUGCUACGGCAUUGCCUCAGCCCCUGGGAUUUUCCAACGCACAAUGGAAAAUUUACUGCAGGGUAUUCCGAAUGUUGUAGUACGAAUAGAUGAUAUUCUCAUUGCCGGGAAGACAUCAGCAGAUCAUCUCAAAAGUCUAACAGAAGUCCUGUCACGUCUGGACAAAGCUGGCGUCCGUCUUAAACGUUCGAAGUGCAUUUUUCAAGCACCUGAAGUCACUUACCUGGGACACCGCAUAGACAAAGAUGGUAUCCACCCCCUUGACGAGAAAAUCAAAGCAAUUCAAGAGUCACCGAGACCUUCUAAUCUGAAAGAACUGCAAGCCUUUUUAGGCAUGCUUAACUAUUACGCUUGUUACAUACCUAACAUCACUACAAUACUAUCUCCUUUACAUCAGCUGUUAGUCAAAGACACACCUUGGAACUGGAGUGAAGCACAUGAAAAAUCUUGGAACCAAGCCAAGUCCACACUUCACUCUUCACAACUUCUAGUGCAUUACAGCUUGGAAAGAGAGUUAACCCUUGCUUGUGACGCAUCACCAUAUGGUCUUGGUUGUGUUAUUUCACAUGUGAUGGAUGAUGGGACUGAACGUCCUAUUUCAUAUGCCUCACGUACUCUGUCCCCAGCCGAAAAACCUUAGGAUCAAAACGAAUAAACAAACUAUUCACAGCUCGACAAAGAGGCAGCAGCCAUCAUGUUCGGGGUGAGGAAGUUCCACUCAUACUUAUAUGGACGGAGUUUUACCAUCUACACUGAUCACAAACCCCUGCUGGGUCUGCUACAGUCAACUAAACAAAUACCGACCUCAGCCUCACCACGCAUAUUGAGGUGGGCGGUAUUCCUGUCAGGCUACUCAUACACUUUAGUAUAUCGAGAAGGCCAGAAAAAUGGUAAUGCCGAUGGCCUGAGCCGGCUGCCAUUGCCAAAUGAAACCAGAAAUGUUCCAGUGCCUGGAGACAUUAUGUUUGUAAUGAAUCAUCUUGAAGUCAACACACCCGUUAAAGUCAAGGACAUUGAGCGUUGGACCUCAAAAGAUCCUAUUCUUAGUGCAGUACGACACCAAGUAAUGUCCGGUUGGCCCAAUUCAAAUGAUCGCAUUGAGUUCAAGCCCUACUCUUAUAGAAAGCACCAACUUAGCUGUCAGGAUGGCUGUCUACUCUGGGGCUCUCGCGUAGUCAUUCCUCCUCAAGGAAGAGUCAAGCUUCUCCAGGAACUACAUGAUGGACAUCCUGGAAUGGUUCGCAUGAAAAUGUUAGCCCGAAGCUAUUUCUGGUGGCCGGGCCUGGACGCGGAUAUUGAGCAAAAGGUGAAAGAUUGCACAAGCUGCCAGAGUAAUGCUAAGGCACCUUCUACUGCACCCCUACAUCCGUGGGAGUGGCCGUCUAAACCUUGGUCUCGCAUACAUAUUGACUAUGCAGGACCUUUCGAAGGACACAUGUUCCUGGUGAUCGGUGAUGCCUAUAGUAAGUGGAUCGAGGUAUUCAAGACAAACUCCAGUACUGCUGCAGUAACCAUCCAGAAGUUAAGAGAAUGCUUCUCAGUACAUGGACUGCCUGAUAUCAUUGUAUCUGAUAAUGCAACUGCCUUCAUAGGUGAAGAAUUUGCCCUUUUUAUGUCUGAGAAUGGCAUAAAACACAUCACUUCAGCACCUAAACACCCAGCAUCCAAUGGAUUUGCUGAAAGUUAUGUUCGCACUUUCAAGGAAACAAUGAAGAAGAUGGGAGGGGAAAAGGAAAACUUAGACACGAAGUUAAGCAGAUUUCUACUAAGCUAUCGUACCACACCUCAUGCAACCACUGGUAAAACACCUGGUGAGCUAUUAAUGAACCGGAAGCUGAAGACGCGCUUGGACCUGGUAAACCCCCUUAGUCAGGACACAAUUCGCACUCGGGUAGAAGAUAAACAGCUCGCACAGAAGAAACAACACGACAAUCUAGUGCCACUCAGAGAAUUUCAAGUGAAUGACCCAGUAUUUGUCAAGAAUUUUUCAUAUGGUCCAAAGUGGUUAUGUGGAACAAUUAUUCAACAGUCAGGACCGGUUUCGUAUGUCGUUCAACUCAGUUCAGGUGGAGUGUUUCGACGACAUGUUGACCAUCUUCGCCUGAGGACAAGCACACCCACAGUCGCCAAUGAUCUUCAGAGUUCAACAGAAUUGGCCCAAGUUCCAAUGCAAACAACUGUACCCAAGCAGAUUCCAGAGGAAUUUAAGGAACCUGAGAUCACAGUUCCAGAACCUUCAUUGGAACCGAAGAAGACAGAGCUUCCAGCUUCUGAACCUGCAAGUACUCUGCGAAGAAGUACUCGACUCAAAACCACACCUACUCACCUCAAAGACUAUGUAUGUUAAUUUUAAGCAGCAUAUCACACACUGUGUACAUUUUUCCGGAUCUGAUGGAUUGACAACUUGUCAAGAACUUGUCAUGGACAUUGUUGUUGUUUUUUACUUGUUGACAUGUUGUGUGUAUAAAUUUGAUAGUUUUACUGGCCUCAGCAAGCAAGUAUCUUUUAGUUGUAAAAUUGGGUGGGGCAGUAUGUAAUGUUUGGGAUUCCUGUUUGUAUGACCGCAAGGUUUUCUGGGUAACAGCAAUAAACAACGAGAGUCCGCCAUUACUGUUUAUUCGUUUUGAUCCUAAGGUUUUUCUCAAAUACAUUACAAUUCCGAACGGAGACGACAAUGGUAAAAGUUUCAGACUACAGCAAAUCUGUAGCAUCACACACACAACACACAAUAAACUCAGGGUUGGAACGUCACCGAAGGGUUGGAACAUCACCGAAUGGUUAGGAACAUCACCGAAGGGUUGGAACAUCACCGAAGGGUUGGAACAUCACCGAAGGGUUAGGAACAUCACCGAAGGGUUGGAACAUCACCGAAGGGUUAGGAACAUCACCGAAGGGUUAGGAACAUCACCGAAGGGUUAGGAACAUCACCGAAGGGUUGGAACAUCACCGAAGGGUUGGGAACAUCACCGAAGGGUUGGGAACAUCACCGAAGGGCUGGAACAUCACCGAAGGGUUGGAACAUCACCGAAGGGUUAGGAACAUCACCGAAGGGUUAGGAACAUCACCGAAGGGUUAGGAACAUCACCGAAGGGUUUGGAACAUCACCGAAGGGUUAGGAACAUCACCGAAGGGUUAGGAACAUCACCGAAGGGUUAGGAACAUCAACGAAGGGUUUGGAACAUCACCGAAGGGUUAGGAACAUCACCGAAGGGCUAGGAACAUCACCGAAGGGUUAGGAACAUCACCGAAGGGUUUGGAACAUCACCGAAGGGUUUGGAACAUCACCGAAGGGUUUGGAACAUCACCGAAGGGUUAGGAACAUCACCGAAGGGUUAGGAGAAAGUACGCUAAAGCCAGGUCCAGGCUAGAAAUUUGUCCUAAAUAAGAAAAAGAACUGACUCAUGUGACAUUUACUUCGAUCAACAAAAUUUAUACAUCAUAUUAUAUUUUCAUCUUAUGUUACUGAUUUGGUGUAUUGGGUAUGGAAUCUGAAUCGAUUUCUACGCGCAGUGUUUUCAAAGAUGGACAGUGUGAUGGAGAGAAUACUGGGACGAGCCGCCUUAAGAUCAUAUGCAUGGAGCACAAAAUAACAAAGGCUUCAAUACUUCUUUAGGGUAAAAGUGAUAGGGAUGCUCAUCAGGAAAUUCCAAAAAUACCCCUAAACAAUACCUGAACACCCAAAAUUGCUACCACAAAAAUACCCCAGAAGCGAAAAAAAUUACCCCUAAAAAUACCAAAACUGUAGACCCUUUUAAAGUUAUCGUUUCUUGCCUACCAUCUAGCAUAACCUUGCAACCUUUAAGGUAAUGUUUUCAUACUAACGAUUUACUACUAUAAUGGCAUUUUACUCUACAUAGGUAUUUAGCGUGCUGUUCUCUAAGGUCAAUUCUGAAUCACCUUGUAGAUUUGCAUAUUAGUCCGGGGGCCUGUGUCGGAAAAAUCGGUCCCGUGGCAGUUUCAUGAUUAUUUUAGUUUCUUUUCGGAAUCUCAUAGUUUUGGGGGUACUAAUUCGAAAAAAAGGAAUUUAGUGCCAUUUUAUGCAAAUUAGGUAUGACGUCAUCUCAAAAAUGCAAAAUAUCGAAUAAAUUGCAUUUUUUCUAAAAGAAAACUGCAAACGUUACCUAAACAUAAUAUAUUACAUAUUUCCAAUAGCAAAACAUCCGAAAUAUUAUCAUAGCGAAAAUUGUAAAGAAAAUUAAACACGAAGGCGCGGUAUAAAAAGGUGCUUCCAUUGGAAGCAUCGGCUCAUUUGUCAAUCAACCGCCGUGGAGUGAGGAUCAAAUUCAAGAUGGCGGCCCGAGUCAAGUACAAAACACAUAGGGGAGAGGUUUCAAAGCGCGUCCUAAUGUAUAAAAAUGCCAACUGUACCUUCUAGUCCGAUAGAAUUGUAAAAAAGGAAACUCAGUAGAAGUAAAGCUACGAAACCAAAGUGAUUUAUACAAAAAAGGAGCAAACGCAUGAUCGGAAAACAACGAUUUCAAACCUUGACAAAAGCUAUACCCAAGAAGCAAGUCAUGGUGACGUCUGAAUAAUCAGCAAGAUAUAUUCCUCAAGAAAAAGCAGAUACAUAGACAUGUAUUACAUUUUCCAUGUGAUUUUAAAUCAUAAACAUUCCUUUGUAAAGGAAACAUGUUUUGUUGCUAUAAGAUUGAUGGAUGUGUUAGUGAAGUGUAUAAAGCAACCAGUCAUAUUUUAUAAACUGUAUUAUAGAUUAUACUUUUGUUGAAUAAACCAAAAUGCUUUCUCUUUUA